AGAUGUCGGCCUGGGACGGUGCGGUGCAUUCCUUAUCAGAGGCGCGCCGUCGGCUGCCACUGCGUGGGAGCGAAGAGGCGGCGGGCGGCACCUCGACACCGCGUGGGCCUGAGCCAUUGCUGGACGCACCGCCGCCUGGGCCCGACGUUGUCAUUGCAGCCUCCGCCUCGGUCGAGCCGCCGGGGGGUUGCGGCCGGGUGAUCAGCUCGCCUGGGCGGAUCCCCGUCGGCGCGGAGAUGGCCUUGGAGCAGGGAAGUGCGCGGCUGGAUGGCGCCCGCGCGAUGAUCAGGGGCAGCUCCGCGUGGCUGCUUGUGGAGGCAGUGCGCAUCGGAAUGGUCGACUCCUACAGGGGCAGCCGCCCGCGGGAGUUCAUUGGGCUCCUGGGGGGCGACAUCGCGGCGCGGCUGCUGACCUGGGCAGCCCGGCGGGCGCGUCGCGGCCCGCCGUCGGUGACCCCGACGUGGGGGCUGGCGAGAAGGACUUGAGGGAGAGGCUUAAGGCCCCCGCCCCCGAUGGGGGCACCCGAUGCCGACGCUGGCGAAGACGCGAGA